GUUAACGAUGGGCGAACCAGGAGGGGCCAACGCAUCUCAACCGGAGAUGUCGAAGAGGAGGCGUGAAUUGAGCGCGUCCCAAGCGAUAAGGCAUAUUGUAUAUGCAGGAUGCAUUUGCGGUUGGAACAUUGACAGGGUAGCAAGACUUUGAGUCAGGGAACAUGCACGACAAUUCCUGGAGGAUUUUGCACCUGUUGGAAUGCUGGAAAUCUCCGCCGGUAGUCAAAGCCGACGACGCCAUCUGUCAGAGGCCAGGUAUAAGAAGGGGGAUGAGAACGAGUUCAUGUUCAACUUCUAUCAGACAGCAGCACUUCUCUCUCUCUCUUUCUACUCAUCCCCUUGGGAACAAAGGAACGGAGCGACUUUGCACCGGUUCCCUCUGACAGCUGACUCUCCACCUUUCAGCACUGCGGUGGUAUCUUGGCCCGAGAUCGCCACUGGAGGUGCAUUUGGAGAGCGAGAAAGAGUGAGUGAGAGAGGCUUUGCUUUGCCGCCCAGCGUUUCGGAGCUGACCUGGCCUUGCCCCCCUCGGCCUAGUCGUCACACCCUGUAUUCUUACCGUCCCGUACACCAUUACCCGUACGGUACGGUUCAAGGGCAGCCUUUCUUGCGUCGGCGUCAACUCGAGAUAAAUAAUAAUCGUCCUCCACUCCCUCUCGACCUUCCUCUCCUUUUCUUUACUCCAGUCCAUCAGCAGAAUAUCCGAGGGUAUUCUCUCAUUUGACCUCAUAUCUCUAACCCCGUGCUGUCAUCUGAUCGCCUCAAUCUGUCCUUAAUCGCGGUCCCAUUCUGUCUGUCCCAUCUCAUCACAUACUAUACCAGGUUCCUCGGCCUCAUACUGCC